AUGAAAUUGGAGGAUGAGCUUCGGUACUUGUUAAGAGCAAUCAGACUUAUCCAGGAAAAGCACGGCGAGAAUGACGCGCCAGAAUCCAAGAUCAAGGUUCCCAGCACUGCUCCACUGUCCUUUGUUGAUUUUCUAUUAGAAAAACUCACAGAGCAGACCAGCCCUGAAGCUAAAACUAUUCAAGUAGGGCUUGUCUCCUUAAAGUCAAUGUUAGAAGAAAUCACAGAGUCGCACCCUGAACAGGAGGAACUCCAAACUUUCUGGACUCGCAGUUUGGAGCUUGCGUACAAGAUAGAGCGCCUCGUGGACUAUCUAGUGGUUGGUGAUCUUUCAGAUUCUUUUUUGGCAUCCUUUGGUUACAUCAUGGAAGACAUGAAGAAUUUGAAGUUAGAAUUUGAACUCGAGAAGCCGAAAAUCGAGAAGACGGGAGUAGCCAUGACUCGAUCUUGCCGUGUGGUAUCUCGAAAAUCUUUCUCAUACAGAAAUGAGGUUGUGGGCUACCUUGAGGAGGCAGAAUCAAUUAAGAAUCGCCUCACAAGAGGAUCAAAGCAGCUUCAAGUUGUUCCCAUUGUUGGUAUGCCGGGACAAGGUAAGACAGCUUUGGCUUUGAAAGUAUACAAUGAUCCUUCUAUUUCGUACCAUUUUUCUGUUUGUGCUUGGGCUACUGUGUCACAAACAGGGGACGUAAAAAGAGUCCUCCUUGACCUUCUAACUCAAAUUGAUCCCAACCAAUGUUCCGUAAUUACUUGUGAUCGCGAUUUAGUAGAGAAAGUUGGGCACAGUUUAAAGGGAAAGAGAUAUCUCAUCUUUUUGGAUGACAUAUGGCAAACUGAAGCAUGGAGGAGCUUUAAAGAAGCAUUCCCUGAGGAUCAUAGUGCUAGUAGGAUUAUGUUGACAAGUCGUCGCCGUGAUGUUGCUCCCGGCGAAGAGCCUCACGAACUUAGAUCAUUGACUGAUGAAGAGAGCAUGGAUUUGUUAGGGAAGAAAUUGUUUGGGAGUUGUUGGCCUAGUGAGUUAAUUGAUAUUGGCACACAAAUUGUCCAAAUUUGCAAGGGAUUACCUCUUACAAUUCUUAUUGUUGCUGGAAUUUUAGUCAAUACAGAGCCACACAGAUGGGAGGCAAUUCUUGGUGGUUUAAACUCGGCCAUUGUUUCGAGUGUUGAACAGUGCAAAAAAACAUUGGAGCUGAGCUACAACAACUUACCGGAGCAUUUAAGGCCUUGCUUUCUCUAUUUUGCAAGAUUUCCAGAAGAUCAUAUGGUUUCUGUUCGAAGGUUGCUUCGGCUAUGGAUAGCUGAGGGAUUUGUUCGGAGGUCAGAGACAAAUCAUAUUGAUAAUGAUGCUGAAGACUACCUAAAGGAUUUGAUCGAUCGGAGCCUAAUAAUGGUUGCCCGACAAAAUCCUCUGGGUCAAAUGAAAACAUGCCACAUUCAUGACUUGUUUCAUGAGUUUUGCUCGCAGAAAGCGAAGGAUGAACUAUUUCUCUCUGUUGUAAGAGGAAACAGUAAGCUUUUGGCAUCUCAUCAUCAGCCACAAAAUCUUCGGAGGCUAUGCAUUAAAGUUAAUCCAAUGCAUCUCAGAGGGUCGGUUAGUUUUCUUUCCUAUGCACGUUCUGUGAAUUUCAACUAUGACGCCAAAGAGCCGCAAAAUUUCUCAUUCAUGUUUCAGACAUUGAAACUUCUAAGAGUUUUGGAUUUGGGACGGAUCAAUUUAGGUCAUGUUUUCCCAAGUGAAAUUGGGCUUCUGGUGCAGCUUGCCUUCUUGGAAAUUAGAGGCUAUAUGAGGGACAUCCCACCCCUGAUAGCCAACCUCACCAAUCUUGAAACCUUUAUCCUGAAUCAAAUAAGAAAGGGAAAAGUGAUCUCAUUGCCUGACUCAAUUUGGAAACUGCAAAAGUUAAGGCAUCUUUCCUUGCCAACUCCAGGUGGUAGUUUUCCCAUGGAAAGUCUUGCCACUUUAUCAAAUUUUUGCGAGUUGGGUUAUCUUUCUGUUUUAGCUAUACCUUACCCGACCAGCAUGAACAUGGAAGGGUUGCUGAAAAUGUUUCCAAAUGUGCGUGAGCUGAAAUUCACCAUUUUUACUUCUUCUGAAGAUAUAGGAGAUCAUGUGAAGAUUGUUGUUCCUCAAUCUUUGAGCCAACUAGACUCACUUGGUAUAUCACUACGCGUCGGCCGACAAUCUGAACCUAAAAUGUUUGAGUUUAGUUUGCCCCGAAAGUUGAAGAGGUUGACAAUGUCUGGGUUCUACUUAUGUUGUAAGAGCCUUUCAACCUUUUCUAAACUUCCAAACCUUGAGGUGCUCAAAUUGGAUGCGGUACAUUUCGAAGGAAAUACGUGGGAAAUGGAAGAAGAUGAAUUCUCCAAACUUAGAUACUUGCAAUUGAAUUCAUGGGAGCUUCACUCCUGGAAUGCUACUGAGGAACAAUUUCAUUGUCUUGAAAAAUUGGAAUUGAGGGCUUGUACAUCUUUGAAGGAGAUGCCUUCUUGCCUAGAAGAUAUUUCAACGCUGGAAGAGAUCAAGAUUAUAAUGUGUUCUGACGCUGCUGUAGAAUUAGUGGACAAGAUUAAGGAGGUACAAACAGAAAGUGGAAAUUCAGAGCUAAAGAUCAUUACUUCUAUAUCUAAUUAA